AUGGUAAAGCUCACUUUGAAUAACAGAAGCAAAACGACGGCGAGCUUGGUCGAUUGGAUUCAACGUCGGAACAAAUCGACGUUGGCUGCAGUCGUCGAUUUAGAUUUUGUGAGGGAGGAAAAGAAAUUCUGGGAAUUUCUGAUAGACUCAUUGUCCGAUUACAGCUCCGUCGAUUUGAUCUGA